AUGUAGGACACUUAACAAAGAUGUCGCUUACUACUUUCUUGGCCUAGAAAAUUAGCAGUCCUAGCCGCAGUGCUGUAUAUAUUUCAAUGUGUGAAAAUGUGCCAUCGUCCGUUUGUCACACUCACACUGUUGUAGUACUAGUGCCCAAGUGGAAAGCCAAGGUAUCAAUACAUGUCAAAAUUCCUUUUGAAUGAGAAUCUCGGAAGAUUCCGCAAAAAUGAUUUUAGUUGCGUUUUUAAUUAAUUAGGCUAAAGUAAUGUAUGCCACUACAUACGUAUUGCAAGACAUUUUAACUUGUUUAAAAAAUAGUACUUAUUACGCUGACGAAAGACACCAUGGUGCAGUGCCAUCCGCCUUUGGAAAUAGAGGAACUACCAAAAGAAGACGAAGAAAGAUUAGAAAAACUAUUUUCUAAAUUAGAUACUGAUGGAAAUGGCAAAAUUGACAUCCAUGACCUGUCUGUGGCUCUCAAGGAGUUGGCUCCACACAUUAAUCGCAGCUAUGCAGAGAAAUUCUUGGCAAAAACUGGAAAGGAUCCUGGCGAUGUUACACUUUCAGAGUUUAUUCACUAUGUGCGAGAGCAUGAAAAGAAUCUUAAGCUCCAGUUCUCUCAUUUGGAUAAAAAUAAGGAUGGAAAAGUUGACCUGGAAGAACUUAUAUCGGCGUUUGCUGACUUAGGGAUUGCAAUAGGUAGAAAUGAAGCAACUAAUUUAUUGAAAAGGAUGGACCAAGACGGGAGCCUGAACAUCAGUUACGACGAAUGGCGGGACUACCUUCUGCUUGCGCCAGCAACCGACAUCCACGCGCUCAUACAUUUCUGGAGGCACUCGACUUACCUCGACAUUGGGGAGGAUAUGAACGUGCCCGAUGACUUCACUCAGAGCGAAUUGCAAACAGGGAAGUGGUGGCGACAUCUGCUUGCUGGUGGCAUCGCUGGCGCUGUCAGUCGGACGUGCACGGCGCCACUCGAUAGACUUAAAGUAUUUUUACAGGUUAAUCCAACUAGAGAAAAUAUGACGAGAUGCUUAGCAAGAAUGAUAAACGAAGGUGGGAUUAGCGGUUUGUGGCGAGGAAACGGUAUAAAUGUAAUCAAAAUCGCACCAGAAUCGGCUUUGAAGUUCGCCGCGUACGAGCAAGUGAAACGACUGAUCAAGGGAGAGAAGAAUAAUCAACCGCUAGAGAUAUACGAGAGGUUCGCCGCCGGCGCCACGGCCGGCGCGAUUAGUCAAACUGUGAUUUACCCACUAGAGGUGCUAAAGACAAGAUUAGCUUUAAGGAAAACAGGCCAAUAUACAGGCAUCUUGGAUGCGGCUAAAAAAAUAUACGCUAGAGAAGGACUCAAGUGUUUCUAUAAGGGAUACAUUCCAAACAUCCUGGGGAUAGUGCCUUACGCCGGCAUAGAUCUUGCGGUAUAUGAGACGCUGAAGAAGAAGUACAUACACAAGUACCAGGCCCACAACGAGCAGCCGGGCAUGCUGCUACUGUUGGCGUGCGGCAGCGCGUCCUGCACGCUGGGCCAGGUGUGCUCCUACCCGCUCGCGUUGGUGCGGACAAGGUUGCAAGCGCAAGAAAAAGCCGCGAAGGGCGCAGAGGGCUCGAUGCGCGGCGCGUUCCGAGAGAUCGUGCAGCGCGAGGGCGUGCGCGGGCUGUACCGCGGCAUCACGCCCAACUUCAUCAAGGUGAUCCCCGCCGUCUCCAUCUCCUACGUCGUGUACGAGUACGCGAGCCGCUCGCUCGGCGUCAACAUGACGUGAUCUCCGCGCCGACCUGCACUCCCUCCUCUCCACCCGCACGAGCGCUCACUCCCCUUAGUACGAGCUUUCAAUCAAAUCUCUAUACGCUUGAUACAUUUUGAGUAUCAGAACAGUAUAACAUCGGAGUAAGAUGGGCUUAUAGUUCGUUGUUUUAAAAUCAUACUAUUGGCUGGCGCUGGCUGUGGACGUAUGGACGAACUCGAUCCUUGAAACGCGAGUUUCUGUUGAGGUCCAUUUUAGUUAGAAGUUAUAGCGUUUCAAUGCUCGGAAGCUGUUAACGUUAUUGAAAUAUGCAAACUCGUACUGAGCUUACAGCUCGAGAAAACCAGCUUAAUAAUCUAAGCAUAUAUAGGAAAUUUUGCAUUUCAAUGUAAAUAGCUCUCGUAUUUGUUAAGUCUAUUAUUAUUUAUUUAUUUUAUUUUAUUGUGAAUUUAUUCCAUUUUAAAUUGACACUUCCGAUUGAAAUUGUUUUACGUGAUGUGACUACAAGUAUGUUAUGGUACAUUGUGAAUUUUUUAAGCAAUUGUGUAAUAAUCUUUUUAUCACAACUUGGUUUUAACUUAUUAUAUUAACGUUAUUGCAUCUGUGAUUAUUGAAUAAAAUGAAUAUUUUUUUUA